CAGCAAAUGUCCAACAGCAGCUCCAUCAGCCACUUCUUCCUGCUGGCAUUGGCAGACACGCAGCAACUGCAGCUCCUGCACUUCUGCCUCUUCCUGGCCAUCUCCUUGGCUGCCCUCCUGGCCAACGGCCUCAUCAUCAGCGCCGUAGCCUGCGGCCACCACCUGCACACCCCCAUGUUCUUCUUCCUGCUCAACCUGGCCCUCACUGACCUGGGCUCCAUCUGCACCACUGUCCCCAAAGCCAUGCACAAUUCCCUCUGGGACACCAGGAACAUCUCCUACUCUGGACGUGCUGCACAAGUUUUCUUAUUUCUUUUCUUUAUGUCAGCAGAGUAUUUCCUCCUGACCAUCAUGUGCUACAACCGCUACGUGUCCAUCUGCAAACCUCUGCACUACAGGACCCUCCUGGGUAGCAGAGCUUGUGCCCACAUGGCAGCAGCUGCCUGGGCCAGUGGGUUUCUUAAUGCUCUGCUGCACACGGCCAAUACAUUUUCCGUGCCCCUGUGCCAGGGCAAUGCUCUGGGCCAGUUCUUCUGUGAAAUUCCACAGAUCCUCAAGCUUUCCUGCUCCAAAUCCUACCUCAGGGAACUUGGGCUCAUUGCAGUUAGUGCCUGUUUAACACUCGGCUGUUUUGUGUUCAUAGUUUUCUCCUAUGUGCAGAUCUUCAGGGCUGUGCUGAGGAUCCCCUCUGAG